CGCCAACGGCGGGAAGCUCGAGCUCCGGUAGCGCCGGUGCCGCCUGAGGGGUGGCGGUGGGAGCGAGGUGGCCUGCGAGAGGACAGUUUUCUUCUUCGGCUGUAACCCGUAAAGGCAAAGGAUUUGUUACCAUGGUUUCAAAAAGGAAGUUGUCUAAAAUUGAUGUUUCUGAAGAGAGCUCCAAGACAAACCUGCAGGAAGCAAAGAAGUUACGGGUUUCUGAUAAGAGGACCCAAGGUGGAUCGGAGAAUGAGGGAGUAUUUGAAGAGCUCCUGAGAACAUCAGGAAUCAUACUGAAAGCUGGGGAAGGACAGAAUGAAAUAGCUGUGGAUCAAACGGCUUUCCAGAAGAAGCUCCGGGUGGCACUGGAGAAGCACCCAUCGUACCCAAGUGUUGUGAAGCAGUUUAUCAGUGGAUUGGAAUCACACAUUAAGGACAGAAGUCAGUUCAAGAACUGCCUCUUGCCAUGCACUCCUGCACGGACUGAGGGGUCAAGGACUCUGGUGCACUCAUACUGUGAAAGCCUCAUUAAGCUGCUGCUUGGAAUUAAGAUCUUACAGCCUGCUGUCGUAACGCUGCUGUUGGAAAAGAUCCCCGAAUUCUUUUUUGAUGUUGUGGGUACCUUUGGAACAAACUUCCCUCGGCUCAUUGUCAAUCAGUUCAAAUGGCUCGACAGUCUUGACAGCCAGGAUCUUGUCAAGAAGUUAAUGCAGAUGCUUAGUGUGUCUCCUGUACCAAUCCAGCAUGAUAUUAUCACCAGUUUACCUGAGAUCCUGGAGGAUUCCCAGCAAAAUGAGGUUGCCAGAGAGUUGAGCUGCUUACUAAAACAAGGCAGACGACUCACAGUUCCAAUACUGGAUGCUCUUUCUCGUUUGGAUCUUGAUGCGGAACUUCUGGCUGAGGUGCGGCAGUGUGCCAUGACCAUUGUGCCUUCUGUAAAACUGGAGGAUUUGCCUGUGGUCGUAAAAUUCAUCCUCCAUAAUGUCAAGGCUGCAGAUGCUGUAGAGGUGAUUUCUGAUCUUCGUAAGAGCUUGGAUCUGUCAUCGUGCGUUCUGCCACUGCAGAUGCUAGGCUCCCAGAGAAAGCUUAAAAGCCAGGCUCAGGCCAGCAGUUCUUCCAUGAGCCAAAUAACCACCAGCCAGAACUGUGUGAAGGUGCUUUUUGAUGUGAUCAAGCUAGCUGUAAGAUUCCAGAAAGAUGUCUCUGAAGCUUGGAUUAAGGCUAUUGAGAACAGCACAUCUGUAUCUGACCACAAGGUUCUGGAUCUGAUCGUUUUGCUGCUGAUCCAUUCUACCAACAGCAAGAACAGGAAGCAAACUGAGAAGGUAUUGAGGAGCAAGAUUCGCCUGGGCUGCAUGCCAGAGCAGCUGGUGCAGAAUGCUUUCCAAAAUCAUUCCAUGGUCAUCAAGGAUUUCUUCCCUUCAAUUCUAUCGCUUGCCCAGACGUUUCUGCACUCUGCACACCCAGCUGUGGUCUCCUUUGGCAGCUGCAUGUACAAACAAGCUUUUGCAGCCUUUGACUCUUACUGCCAGCAGGAGGUUGUAUGUGCUUUGGUCACUCACAUAUGCAGUGGAAAUGAAACAGAGUUGGAUAUUUCUCUGGACGUGCUCACUGAUUUGGUGAUCCUACACACAUCCCUGCUGAUGCGCUACGCCACCUUCGUGAAGACCAUUUUAGACUCUAUGCAGAAACUGAAUCCUUGCCAGAUCCGGAAGCUCUUCUACAUUCUCAGCACACUAGCAUUCAGCCAGAGACAAGAAGGAAGUUAUAUUCAGGAUGAUAUGCACAUGGUGAUCAGGAAGUGGCUCUCCAGCUCUGUUCCCAACCACAAACAGAUGGGGAUUAUUGGUUCUGUUACCAUGAUGGGCAGCGUGGCAUUAAAAAGAAAUGAAGCAGAUGGUGAUUCGCUGGAGAGACCUGAGCUGAGCAUCGAAUGUGAUGGGCAGCUUUCUACACUGCUGGACCUUGUUGGCUUCUGCUGUGAGCAAACACCAGAGAUCUUGGCUCUCUACUAUGAUGAACUUGCCAAUUUGAUUGAGAAGCAGAAGGGAAAUUUGGACCUGCAGCUACUGGAUAAGUUUGGGAAGAGUUUGGUGGAGGACUUUCCCAAUGACUUUGUGGUGGAUCUCAGCCCUACAGUGGACGGUUCCUUUUUGUUCCCAGUGAAGUCCUUGUAUAAUCUGGAUGAAGAUGAAACUCAAGGAGCAAUUGCCAUUAACCUCCUACCACUGGUGUCACAGAGUGAGCCUGGCAGGGUCACUGACGAAAUGAGUAAUCCAAGGAAAAGGGUAGUAUCACCAAUAUGCCUAUCACCCUGUUUCCGAUUGCUCAGACUCUACACUGGAGAACAAAACAAUGGGAACCUGGAGGAGAUUGAUGCCUUACUAGGUUGCCCUCUGUACCUGACUGACCUGGAGGUGGAAGGGAAGCUGGACUCUCUCUCCAAGCAGGAAAGGGAAUUUCUGUGCUCGCUCCUGUUCUAUGCACUCAACUGGUUUCGUGAGGUUGUAAAUGCCUUCUGCCAGCAACAAGAUGCUGAGAUGAAGGGGAAAGUUCUGACUCGACUACAGAACAUCACAGAGCUGCAGAAUGUGCUAGGAAAAUGUUUGGCAGCAACCCCUGGCUAUGUCCCACCACCUGCUACUUUUGAUUCUGAAGCCCCAGAAGGAGUACCAUCUAUUAAUGCUGGUGGUCCAGUGAGAAAAAAAUAUGGAAAGAAAAAGAAGUCUGACAGCAGCAAAGCCUGCAGUGCAGAGCAUACUCAGGCAGAUGAAAGUUCUGAUGGAAACCAGCCUGAUACUGAGCUCUCCGAGCUGGAGAAGAGUGCUGCUGAGAGAGAGACAGGAAACCCUCUGGCACAGCUGCAGAGUUAUCGCCCCUACUUCCGAGAGCUGGACCUGGAAGUGUUCUCUGUACUCCACUGUGGGCUGCUGACAAGGUCUGUCCUGGACACAGAGAUGCACACCGAGGCUAGUGAAGUUGUGCAGCUGGGGCCUGCUGAGCUCUGCUUCCUUCUGGAUGACAUGUGCUGGAAGCUAGAACAUGUGCUGACCCCAGGCUCCACUAGGAGAGUGCCCUUCUUAAAGGAAAAAGGCAACAAGGAUAUUGGUUUUUCCCACCUUUGUCAGAGAUCCCCGAAGGAAGUUGCUGUGUGUGUGGUCAAGUUACUCAAGCCACUGUGCAAUCACAUGGAGAACAUGCACAACUACUUCCAGACAGUUAUACCAAACCAAGGUGUGGUAGAUGAAUCAAGACUGGACAUCCAGGAGUACCAGCUGAUGUCCUCUUGUUACCGCCAGCUGCUGCAAACUUUUUGCUUGCUGUUUGCAUGGAAUGGUUUUUCUCAGCAUGAGAAUUCCAACUUGCUGAGGUCAGCUCUCCAGGUACUUGCAGACAGGCUGAAGCCAGGAGAGACGGAGUUUCUUCCUCUUGAAGAGCUGAUAAGUGAGAGUUUCCAAUACCUACUGAAUUUCCAGCAGAGCAUUCCCAGCUUCCAGUGUGCCUUCAUCCUCACUCAGCUCCUGAUGGCCAUCUCUGAAAAACCAGUGACUGGCUGGAAGAGGGAGAAAAUGGCUUCACUAGCAAAGCAGUUCCUCUGCCAGUCAUGGAUGAAGCCUGGUGGGGACCGCGAGAAGGGCAGCCACUUCAACAGUGCACUGCAUACUUUGCUCUGUGUCUACCUGGAGCACACAGAUAACAUCUUGAAAGCUAUUGAAGAAAUCUCCAGUGUUGGUAUUCCUGAAUUGAUCAACUGUGCCAAAGAUGGAUGUUCUUCUACAUAUCCCACACUGAGCAGACAGACAUUCCCAGUUUUCUUCAGAGUAAUGAUGGCUCAGCUAGAGAGUUCCGUGAAAAGCAUCCCAGCUGGGAAACCAUCAGACUCAAGUGAGGUACAACUGGAGAAGCUGCUGAAGUGGAACAUUGCUGUGCGGAAUUUCCAUAUCCUCAUUAACUUGGUCAAGGUGUUUGACAGCAGGCCUGUACUCAGCAUCUGCCUGAAGUAUGGCCGUCUCUUUGUAGAAGCAUUUCUGAAGCAUGCCAUGCCUCUCCUGGACCACAGCUUUAAAAAACAUCGGGACGAUGUGCAGAGUUUGCUGAAAACAUUGCAGCUGAGUACCAGACAGCUCCAUCACAUGUGUGGCCAUUCCAAGAUUCACCAGGAUCUCGGCCUGACCAACCACGUGCCUUUGCUGAAGAAGUCCCUGGAACAAUUUGUAUAUCGUGUGAAGGCAAUGCUGGCCUUCAACCACUGCCAGGAGGCCUUCUGGGUGGGCAUCCUGAAGAACCGAGACCUGCAGGGAGAAGAAAUCCUGUCCCAGGCUACCGCAGCUCCGGAG